CCCUCUUGACCCUUCCGCCUGCUGCAGUCUCCAAGCUCCGCGUGUGAGCCCGCGUCUCCCCUUCGUACCUGCGGCUUCAACUCGGGGAGGAGGCCGGAGGCGUGCGGAGCGUGUGCGCAUGGAGGCGGCGGGCGCGGGGCCGGAGCGGAGAGGGCUAGGAGAGGCUUCAUGAGGGCAGCGGCCCUCCCGGGGACCGCCGCCUCGCCGGGCGUUUCCCUCCCGCCACCGUCCCCCGCCCUGCCCUGGCUGCGCUCCCGACCCUGAGCCAGUCGGUGCUUCUCCGAAAAAACUUUGGUGCAGCGGCCGAGGAUGGAGCUUGCCGGUAUGGAUUAUUUCUGCGACCAGGUGCAGCAGAAGGACGUGGGCCGCAGGAUGCAGGUCGGCCAGGAACUGCUGGAAUACCUGGGCGACCCGGCGAGGUCCACCGAUCUGGAGCAGGACCAGCAACGCCUUGAUAAAGUGAUCGAUGAAUUGACAGCAUGGGUCAACUCUAGUAAUUUUAAGGUAGCAUUACUGGGAUUAGAUGUUUUAGGUGCCUUGGUCGACAGACUGUCAGGACGCUUUAAAUCCUAUAUAGGAACUGUUCUCCUGCCUUUGAUAGAUCGUAUGGGAGAUGCCAAAGACCAGGUUCGAGAGCAGGCACAGAAUCUUAUAGUGAAAUUGAUGGACAAAGCAGCACCGCCCAUGUACAUCUGGGAACGCCUUGCUGUUGGUUUUAAACACAAGAACUACCGAUCCCGAGAAGGAGUGUGUUUGUGCCUCAUUGCUACCUUAAACAUUUAUGGUGCACAACCAUUAGUCCUCAGCAAACUGGUACCACAUCUGUGCACAGCAUUUGGUGACUCCAAUAGUCAGGUGAGAGAUGCUGCCAUACUGGCCAUUGUAGAGAUUUAUAGACAUGUGGGAGAGAAAGUACGAGUAGACCUGACAAAGAGAGGAAUUCCGCCUGGAAGAUUGCAAACAAUCUUUGCCAAAUUUGAUGAAGUAAGAAACUCCGGAAAUAUGAUUUUGAGUAGUGUCAGUGACAAAAGCUUUGAUGAUGAAGAGUCAGUGGAUGGAAAUAGGCCAUCAUCAGCUGCUUCAGCCUUCAAGGUUCCGGCACCUAAAAAGCCAGGAAAUCCUCCCAACAGUGCAAGAAAGCCAGGAUCGGCUGGUGGGCCUAAGGUUGGAGGUUCCUCAAAAGAAGGAGGAGCUGGAGCUGUGGAUGAGGAUGAUUUUAUUAAGGCAUUUACAGAUGUUCCUACUGUACAGAUCUAUUCUAGUCGAGAACUUGAAGAAACAUUGAACAAAAUCAGGGAAAUUCUCUCAGAUGACAAACAUGAUUGGGAUCAGCGGACUAAUGCGCUGAAGAAAGUCCGGUCACUGCUUGUUGCUGGAGCUGCACAGUAUGAUGGCUUUUUCCAGCACUUGCGGUUGCUGGAUGGUGCUUUCAAGCUGUCAGCCAAGGAUCUCCGGUCCCAGGUGGUCAGAGAAGCCUGCAUUACUGUAGCCCAUCUUUCAACUGUUCUGGGAAACAAGUUUGAUCAUGGCGCUGAAGCUAUCGUGCCUACUCUUUUUAAUCUGGUUCCCAACAGCGCCAAAGUGAUGGCAACUUCUGGGUGUGCAGCCAUUAGAUUCAUUAUUCGGCAUACCCAUGUACCACGACUCAUACCUUUAAUAACAAGCAACUGUACCUCAAAAUCAGUUGCAGUUCGAAGGCGUUCCUUUGAAUUUUUAGACCUGUUGUUACAAGAGUGGCAGACACAUUCGUUGGAAAGGCAUGCAGCUGUCUUGGUUGAAACAAUCAAGAAGGGCAUUCAUGAUGCUGAUGCGGAAGCAAGAGUGGAGGCCAGAAAGGCUUAUCUGGGUCUUAGAAAUCACUUUCCUAGUGAAGCUGAGUCUCUGUACAAUUCUCUCGAGCCACCCUAUCAAAGAAGCCUCCAGACCUACUUGAAGAAUUCUGGCAGUAUAGCAUCUCUCCCUCAGUCAGACAGGUCAUCCUCCAGCUCACAGGAGAGCCUCAAUCGGCCUCUGUCUUCCAAAUGGUCUGCAGCCAGCUCAUCAAGCCUUGCAGGCAGAGUUUCAGGAGUCAGCAAGGGUGUGGCGAGCCCAGGCACUCUGCAGAGGUCUCGCAGUGACAUCGAUGUGAAUGCUGCGGCCGGUGCCAAAGCUCGCCAUGCUGCCGGACAGGCAGCUGGAGCUGCGCGCUUCUCAGCAGCUGGCCUGCCCCCGGGCUCCUACGCUUCACUAGAGGAUACUUCUGACAAGAUGGAUGGCACAGCUUCUGAAGAUGGUCGUAUACGAAGCAAGCUUUCAACGCCUUCUGUUGGGAUUGGAAAUUCUAAAGCAGAUUCCCGAGGACGGAGUAGAACCAAAGUGGUGUCACAGUCUCAGCGUUCAUCAUCGCCAGAGAAAAAUGAAGGAUCACAGUCUGCUAACCCCAUUGGUGCUGGCAGUAGAUCUGGGUCUCCUGGAAGAGUUUUGACAACAACCACACUUUCCACUCUGAAUACGGGAGUUCAGAGAGUGCUAGUGAAUCCUGCAACUGCACAAAAAAGAAGCAAAAUCCCACGAAGUCAGGGGUGCAGUAGAGAAGCUAGUCCUUCUAGAUUGUCAGUAGCACGAGGCAGCCGCAUUCCUCGGCCUAGUGUGAGUCAGGGGUGCAGUCGGGAGGCCAGCCGUGAAAGUAGCAGGGACACAAGCCCUGUCCGCUCUUUUCCACCCCUUGCUUCCAGGCAUCACUCCAGAUCCACUGGUGCCCUCUACACUCCUGAUGUUUAUGGGGCUGCAGCAGGUACAGGCUUUGGAAUCAGCCAGUCGAGUAGGUUGUCGUCAUCAGUUAGUGCGAUGCGAGUGCUCAACACCGGCUCAGAUGUGGAAGAGGCAGUAGCAGAUGCCCUGCUCUUAGGAGACAUACGGACUAAGAAGAAGCCUGUGCGAAGAAGAUAUGAGUCCUAUGGGAUGUACUCAGAUGAUGAUGCCAACAGUGAUGCAUCAAGUGCCUGUUCAGAGAGGUCCUACAGCUCUAGGAAUGGAAGCAUACCAACAUACAUGAGACAGACAGAAGAUGUGGCUGAAGUCUUAAACCGCUGUGCCAGCACCAACUGGUCAGAGAGAAAAGAAGGCCUUCUAGGCCUGCAAAACUUACUGAAGAAUCAGAGAACUUUAAGUCGUGUUGAGUUGAAAAGGUUGUGUGAAAUCUUCACAAGAAUGUUUGCUGAUCCUCACAGUAAGGUGUUCAGUAUGUUUUUGGAGACGCUGGUGGACUUCGUCCAGGUCCAUAAAGAAGAUCUGCAGGACUGGCUGUUUGUGUUGCUGACACAGCUGUUGAAAAAAAUGGGUGCUGAUUUGCUUGGGUCUGUACAAGCAAAAGUUCAGAAAGCACUCGAUGUCACCAGGGAGUCUUUUCCAAAUGACCUCCAAUUCAGUAUUUUAAUGAGAUUUACUGUUGACCAGACCCAAACACCUAGCCUGAAGACAGUCAAGCCAGCACUACAGGACCAGCUUCGCUCUUUUUGGAGCUCAAAGGUCAAGGUUGCAAUCCUUAAAUACAUAGAGACUCUUGUACAACAGAUGGACCCUGGAGAUUUUGUAAAUUCAAGUGAAACUAGGUUAGCAGUGUCUCGAAUCAUCACCUGGACCACAGAGCCGAAGAGCUCAGAUGUUAGAAAGGCUGCACAGUCAGUGCUGAUUUCCCUUUUUGAACUCAAUACUCCAGAGUUUACGAUGCUAUUGGGUGCUUUACCAAAAACCUUUCAGGAUGGAGCCACAAAGCUUCUCCAUAAUCAUCUCCGUAACACAGGCAACAGUGGUCAGGGAUCGAUGGGAAGUCCUCUAACAAGACCUACUCCACGUUCCCCAGCAAGUUGGUCAAGUCCUCUCACUUCCCCAACCAAUACAUCACAGAACACUUUGUCACCAAGUGCAUUUGACUAUGACACUGAAAAUAUGAAUUCUGAAGAGAUUUACAGCUCUCUGCGUGGAGUUAGUGAAGCCAUUCAGAAUUUCAGUUUUCGUAGUCAGGAAGAUAUGAAUGAGCCUGUGAAACGAGAGUCCAAGAAAGAUGAUGGUGAUUCGAUUUGCAGUGCUUCUGGCAUAGUUGACCUACGAGCAGGAAGCGGUGUGAGCGAUACAGGCCGAACAGCUCUCGAUAACAAAACAUCAUUACUCAACACAAUGCCUCCCCACUCUUCACCACGCUCACGAGAUUAUAACCCAUACAAUUACUCUGAUGGUAUCAGCUCAUUUAAUAAGUCUGCUUUGAAAGAAGCCAUGUUUGAUGAUGAUGCAGAGCAGUUUCCCGAUGAGCCUGCCAUGGACCAUUCUGAUCUGGUUGCAGAGUUACUGAAAGAGUUAUCAAACCACAAUGAGAGAGUUGAGGAAAGAAAGGCUGCCCUGUAUGAGCUCAUGAAGUUAACUCAGGAAGAGUCUUUUGGUGUUUGGGAUGAGCACUUCAAAACAAUAUUACUUUUGCUGCUUGAAACACUUGGAGAUAAAGAGCAUGCAAUUAGAGCUUUGGCAUUGAAAGUUCUAAGAGAAAUUCUAAGAAACCAGCCAGCAAGGUUCAAGAAUUAUGCAGAGCUCACAAUCAUGAAGACGUUAGAAGCUCAUAAGGAUCCUCAUAAGGAGGUCGUGAGAUCUGCUGAAGAAGCUGCUUCCAUGCUGGCCACUUCCAUUAGCCCAGAUCAGUGCAUCAAAGUUCUUUGUCCAAUUAUCCAAACUGCAGAUUACCCCAUUAAUCUGGCUGCAAUCAAAAUGCAGACAAAAGUCAUAGAAAGAGUAUCAAAAGAAGCCCUUACUCAACUUUUACCAGAGAUUGUGCCAGGUCUAAUACAGGGUUAUGAUAAUUCAGAGAGCAGUGUUCGUAAGGCAUGCGUUUUCUGCCUUGUAGCCAUUCAUGCAGUAAUUGGUGACGAACUAAAACCACAUCUCAGUCAACUCACUGGCAGUAAAAUGAAAUUACUGAACCUUUACAUCAAACGUGCACAGACAGGCUCUGGACCAGGAGAUGCAGCAGCUGAUCUGUCUGGACACAGCUAAUGAAGCAGACAAGAGUUAACCAGGUCUCCUAAAGCAAGGGCAAGGCCUUCUUCAGUGAAAGGAAAAUCCUUACAUACAAUUUUUGGAACUUAUUUCCUUGUGUAUUUUUUCCCCCACUUUUCUGUUGUUUGUUUUGUUGAUACUUUCUGUUGGUUUUUUGUGUUGUUUUUUUCCUUUAACCAACGGCUGUCCUCAGCCUGCAUGUGACUAUUGCAAUAGAGCUAUUCUAAAUCCAAGGAAAAACAGUAUUAACAUCAGUUGAUCAAAGCAGAAUAAAAUUUUGAAAGAAUCUAAUCCAUCA